UAGCACGUAUAAAUAGACUGUUAGAUUUAAACAGAGCAUUCAAUCGUUCCUUGUGUUUCAACGAGAAAUAGAAAAACGAUCAUCAUGUUCAAACUCUUGGUGGUGUUCGGCCUCUUGGCUGUCGUAAAUAUCUGCUAUGCCGGCUUGAUUGCCGCACCAGCUGCAAUUGCUAUCGCUCCCGCCAAAGCUGCGUGGGCUCCUGCCGCUGGAUGGGGUGGUGCCGGAUGGGGUGGUGCCGGAUGGGGUGGUGCCGGCGCCAAAGCUGCGUGGGCUCCUGCCGCUGGAUGGGGUGGUGCCGGAUGGGGGGGUGCUGGAUGGGGUGGUGCCGGCGCCAAAGCUGCGUGGGCUCCUGCCGCUGGAUGGGGUGGUGCCGGAUGGGGGGGUGCUGGAUGGGGUGGUGCCGGCGCCAAAGCUGCGUGGGCUCCUGCCGCUGGAUGGGGUGGUGCCGGAUGGGGGGGUGCUGGAUGGGGUGGUGCCGGCGCCAAAGCUGCGUGGGCUCCUGCCGCUGGAUGGGGUGGUGCCGGAUGGGGGGGUGCUGGAUGGGGUGGUGCCGGCGCCAAAGCUGCGUGGGCUCCUGCCGCUGGAUGGGGUGGUGCCGGAUGGGGGGGUGCUGGAUGGGGUGGUGCCGGCGCCAAAGCUGCGUGGGCUCCUGCCGCUGGAUGGGGUGGUGCCGGAUGGGGGGGUGCUGGAUGGGGUGGUGCCGGCGCCAAAGCUGCGUGGGCUCCUGCCGCUGGAUGGGGUGGUGCCGGAUGGGGGGGUGCUGGAUGGGGUGGUGCCGGCGCCAAAGCUGCGUGGGCUCCUGCCGCUGGAUGGGGUGGUGCCGGAUGGGGGGGUGCUGGAUGGGGUGGUGCCGGCGCCAAAGGUAUAGAUAAUUGUUAUUUCACAUGAUAUAUAAGACUAAGA